GAGGAGGGCCGCUGCCGGCGGAGCUCUGAUCCGGUCGUGAUGAACCCGCUGGACGGCUCCGGGUUCCCGGGGGGCCCGGGGGCCCCGGACCCGGACACCCGGGGCCCGUGGACGCGCUUCUCCUGCUGGCUGGAGUGUGUGUGUGUCGUCACCUUCGACCUGGAGCUCGGACAAGCCAUAGAGCUGGUGUAUCCUCAGGACGUGAAGCUCACUGAGAAGGAGAAAACCAGCAUCUGCUACCUGUCCUUCCCCGACUCAUACUCAGGAUGCCUCGGGGACACGCAGUUCAGCUUCCGGCUGCGCCAGUCGGUCGGACGGCGAGCGGCGAGGAGCCGAGAAGACGUUUACAACCGGGACGCCCCCCCCACCCUGCAGAGUGAAUCGUCCCAUUUCUUUGGUUUCGUCUAUUUCAGACAAGUGAAGGACGUUUCUGUCAAGAGAGGAUACUUCCAGAAGUCUCUGGUGCUGGUGUCCAGGUAUCCAUACCCUCACCUGUUCCACUCGUUGCUGCAGAUCGUCGCUCCGGAGUUCUUUGAGAAACUGGCGCCAUGUCUGGAAGCAGUGUGUAACGAGAUCGACCAAUGGCCUGCUCCCGUACCUGGGCUGACCCUCAACCUGCCGCUGAUGGGCGUGGUCUUACAGGUUCGGAUUCCUUCAAAAACAGACAAACCAGGAGGAAGUCCAGUCAAACCAGCUGCUAGAGAGAACCUGCUGCCUGCUCCGACGCUGCUGCCUACCAUCCACGAGCUCGACCUCUUCAGGUGUUUCCAGUCGGUGCUGGUCCACCUCCAGAUGUUCUGGGAGCUCAUGUUGCUGGGGGAACCCGUGGUCGUCAUGGCGCCGUCUCCCACCGUCUCCUCAGAGACCGUGCUGGCUCUCGUCAGCUGCAUCAGUCCACUGAAGUUCUGCUGCGACUUCCGUCCGUAUUUCACCGUCCACGACAGCGAGUUCAGAGAGUUCACCACCAGGACCCAGGCCCCGCCUAACGUGGUCCUGGGCGUCACCAACCCGUUCUUCAUCAAGACGUUUCAGAACUGGCCGCACGUCGUCCGACUGGGAGAAACCAAGAUGGCAGGUGAUGUACCCAAACAGGUGAAGGUGAAGAAACUGUCCAAACUGAAAACCCUCGACACCAAACCAGGUAUCUACACGUCGUUCAAGACGUUUCUGCACAAAGACAAGAUCCUGAUAAAGAGACUGCUCAAGGGGAUCCAGAGGAAGAGGCCGUCGGAGGCUCAGAGUGCCAUCCUGAGGAGACACCUGCUGGAGCUCACUCAGAGCUUCAUCAUCCCUCUGGAGCGCUACAUGGCGAGCCUGAUGCCCCUGCAGAGGUCGGUGACUCCGUGGAAGACUCCUCCUCAGAUUCGACCGUUCAGUCAGGACGAGUUCAUGUCGACGCUGGACCACACAGGACCACAGCUCACCUCGGGGCUCAGAGGGGACUGGAUGGGUCUGUACAGGAAGUUCUUCAGGUCUCCAAACUUUGAUGGAUGGUUUCGCCAACGGCACAAAGAGAUGACGCAGAAACUGGAGAGUCUUCACCUGGAGGUCAUCAGUGACGCUGACCUGGUGACUUGGACUCGAGACAAGUCUGAGGUGGAACUCGUCGACUUGGUUCUGAAGCUCAGAGAGAAGCUGGUGAAGGCGCGGCGGCAGCAGCUGACGGUGAAGGACGGCGUCCUGCUCCGAUUGGACGGCGUCAUCAGUGACAUCAUCAGCUCGCUGCCCAGAGACCUGCAGACGCUACUGAGGGUACACUGACACACUGAUACACAUCUGUGGUUAAAGCUUAAAACUUUUUGUUUUUUUAUUUAAAAUAAUUGUUUUAAUAAUGUAACAAAUGUGUUAUUUUUGUAUCAGACUGGACUGAAUGUUAUUAUUAUUAUUAUUGUUAAAAUAUUCUAUAAGUAUUUAGUUUAGAUGUGAAAAGGACUUCCUGGGUAUUUAUUAUUUCUGAUCAGAUCGAUGUAUUGAUCGUGUCCUCAUAAUAAACAGUUUUUUCUGAAA